CCCUCCCUCCGUCUCCCUCUAUCUCUCUCUAUGCAUCACCAGCUCCACAAUGGUACAGCCAGCAUCUUGCAGCACAAUGGUUACAAGGUGGUGAGAGCUGAAGGGGGAAACAGUGAUUCAGCAUCAGCAGACCUUGAUUUUUUGGGGGGGAUCGUCGUCACUUUCCGCAUCUUUAUGACCGUUUGAAAAUCAAAGCCUUCAGCCAUGGUUGCUCCACCGGUCUCCGUCGGGAUGUUUUGAAAAAGGACUGUCACCGGGCUGCGAUCGUCAUCAGCUGGCACGGAAUGGUAUUUAUGAGCAGACAUUUCUUAUACAACUGCAGCCAACCAAUCCUGGAUGUGAAGAUAGCCUUUUGUCAGGGUUUUGGAAAACAAGUGGAUGUGUCAUAUAUUGCCAAGCAUUACAACAUGAGUAAAAGCAAAGUGGACAACCAGUUCUACAGUGUGGAAGUGGGAGACUCCACCUUCACAGUUUUAAAACGCUACCAAAACUUAAAGCCCAUUGGUUCUGGAGCUCAGGGAAUCGUCUGUGCGGGCUACGAUGCUGUUCUGGACAGAAAUGUAGCCAUCAAGAAACUGAGCAGACCCUUCCAGAACCAGACCCACGCCAAGCGGGCAUAUCGAGAGUUAGUGCUAAUGAAAUGUGUCAAUCACAAAAAUAUUAUCAGUUUAUUAAACGUCUUCACACCACAGAAAUCAUUAGAGGAGUUUCAAGAUGUGUACCUAGCUAUGGAGCUGAUGGAUGCCAAUCUGUGUCAGGUGAUUCAGAUGGAGCUCGACCACGAGAGAAUGUCCUACCUGCUCUAUCAGAUGCUGUGUGGUAUCAAACACCUGCACUCAGCUGGCAUCAUUCACAGGGAUCUAAAACCAAGCAAUAUUGUGGUGAAAUCAGACUGUACCCUGAAGAUCCUGGACUUUGGAUUGGCAAGAACUGCAGGCACAAGCUUCAUGAUGACCCCGUACGUGGUGACGAGAUACUACAGAGCGCCAGAAGUCAUCCUGGGGAUGGGAUACAAAGAGAAUGUGGAUAUAUGGUCGGUGGGGUGCAUUAUGGGAGAAAUGGUGCGCCACAAAAUCCUCUUCCCUGGCCGGGACUACAUCGACCAGUGGAACAAGGUGAUCGAGCAGCUGGGAACGCCCUCACCGGAGUUCAUGAAGAAGCUCCAGCCCACAGUGAGGAACUAUGUGGAGAACCGGCCAAAGUACGCUGGCCUCACCUUUCCCAAGCUUUUCCCCGACUGCCUUUUCCCUGCUGACUCUGAGCACAACAAACUCAAAGCAAGCCAGGCCCGAGACCUGCUGUCAAAAAUGUUGAUCAUCGACCCUGCUAAACGGAUAUCUGUGGACGAGGCAUUACAGCAUCCUUACAUAAACGUUUGGUAUGAUCCAGCUGAGGUGGAGGCGCUGCUGAGUGCUGACCUGUGGAUGUCCACACCUUAACCUCAGAUCUAUGAUAAGCAGCUGGAUGAAAGAGAACACUCCAUUGAUGAAUGGAAAGAACUAAUCUACAAAGAAGUGAUGAACUUUGAGGAGAGAACGAAGAAUGGCGUUGUGAAGGGACAACCUUCACCUUCAGGUACUCUCAGUGCAUAACCCUAAUCGCUCUCACAGGUGCAGCCGUGAACAGCAGCGAGAGCCUCCCUCCCUCUUCUUCUAUCAACGACAUCUCCUCCAUGUCCACCGACCAGACCCUGGCCUCAGACACUGACAGCAGCCUGGAGACCUCUGCAGGACCCCUGGGGUGUUGCAGGUGACUAGCCGCCUGCCUGCGCAACCCCAUGUUCUUCCGACGGUGAAGAACCCAAUCAAAAUGACCAAUUUAAAAAAAAGAAGAAAAAAAAAAUUAAAAAGAACAAAAAAGAACGAGUAAAUAAUUACAUGGAAUUACAUUUAAGCAAAAAUAUGGCUAAUGAAAUCUGACGUGAUAAAAAGCCUCUCAAGCCUGUGCAUUGUCAUUAAAAAACAGCAAUGGUAUUUAAACUGAAGUAAAUGAGCUGAGGUAUAUGUUAAUGAUUCUCUUGUUGCUUUGCAUAUAUUACCCCAAAUAUCCUGUAUAUGGCAUCCAAACUAAAUGACCAAAUGCUUGGAACAGCAUCUUCUGCAAAGUGCAUAUUGGCUGGCUGCUGGUCUCCCCCAAUCCCAAUCCAAAAGCAGUUAUGCUUCGAUCAUUGUGGCAAGGUGGGCUGCCAUUGGCACAUCACUACUGUACAAUACCAACUCCAUUCUCCUCCUCUCUCCUGCCCAGCCCUAAUGUAACGACACUGCUGUGUUUUACACCCUGAUUGGACCAGAGCAAAACCCCGCCCGAUGUAACAGUAAGGUUGCCUGAGUUGUUUGUUUCCAUGUGAUUUCUCUGCAGGGAUCUGUAGUUGCUCUCACUCCGAGCGACGCUACCCCCUUGUGGUUCUUGUAAAUAAUGUAAUUCUGUAUAGCUGAAGGGCACACAGAGUGGGACUGACGGCCAGUACGCUGGGAGUUUUCCUUUUUUUUUCUGUUGUUGUUGUUGUUGUUUUAUUUUUAAAUUUCCAAAAGCGCACCUUGCCACAUGACUGCUUCCACCUCAGUUGCCCCUGCCUACUGCUCAAACCCUGCAUGAUACGAUUUUAAACAAUGCUAAUCUCACUGUAUGCUGAAUAACGUCUGCAUUGAGACUUUUGUUUAUAUAUGAUGUGAACUAACGCAAGUCCAGGCAUGGGGUGGAGGGGUCUGGUGUGUGUGUGUGUGUGACAGAGAGAGAGAGAGGGAGAGAGACAGACAGACAGGCCAUUAAGACAUUAGAAAACGUCUGGGCUAUUAGACAUGGGAUUUAAAGGGUCAUUACGCGGAGAAAAAAAGGAACACAUUAUUGCAACUCUGCUCAGAGUUCACAUGAUUACCUUUAAGGAUCCGGAUGUGCGUGAAAUGUCCCUUUUAAUUCCUCACACUGGCGUACGUUCAGGGCCUCCACCACUCCUGCAUGUCAUCGUGUACCAUUAACCCCUCACAGAAACAGGAGCUCAGUCUAACUCUGCGCUGUGGUCAAAUCACAAGGAAGCUCCUCUGACUCCUAAAAAACCACAUAACCACCUUUACAUUUACAGUUACAUUUUUAAAUGAUCCUGAGCGGCUGCAGCUGAGGAGUGUUAACCCUGUAGCGUUUACUUGUAAAAAGUCAACUGACAGUUUUUCCUAGCAUAACAUCAAAACAUGUGAUAUGUCUCUGGUAUGGAACAAAUAAAAACGGGAACUGGACAGAAGUCACUUAUUAUCUUUUUUGACUUAGCUCAGAUUUAUUUAUGUUGCUAUUUCUUUUAAAAGAAAGACAAAAGCUGAAUAUGGCAAGUGCCUUUGGAAUGGAACGCAUGUCAGGAGCAAGGAGCUUUUUUUUAAUGUUUUUUUUCCACGGCUUCUUUCUUUGUCUGCCUUAAAAUGAUGGUAGUCUGCACACAUGGAGUAGCCCCCCCCCCAAAAAAACAAAAACAAAAAACAAACAAAAGUCCAUAUCUACUUAUUCUAACCCCCGGGAACUAAAGGUGUUGGAAUUGGAGAGAACAUUUUAAAGGUUACAUUUUGUUUUUGUCCCUUUAAAAAAACUAAACAUGAAUUUCAUAAUUUAUUUUCACUACUCACUGCGCUUUAAAUUAUUUCAUUUUUUUUUUUGAAAAGUGUAAAUGAAUCUGUACUGAAACCAACACCCUUGGUUAAAUAGUUGUCAUUUGUAUGUUGUGUAUUUAUUUUAGUUAAACUGAAAACAAUUUAAGUCUGUUUUAUUGUUUUUAGCUGUUAAUAUUAGUAUAAGUUUAUUAGUAUUAUUUUAUCCAUUUUUAUGGGGAGAAAACCACUGACAUGGAGCAACAGCUUUAACAAUUAGUUGUUAAUUAAAUUGCUAAUGUAACUAAUUAAUUUCUUUUUUAAAUUAAGCUGUACUGAGUUAGUCCGAUAAGUUGUACUAGCUCUUAGUACUGAGUUAUGUGCUACUGAUUCUACACAUUAAAGUAGACUUAAGAAGUCUUGGUUUGUGGACAACAAAUUAUAAAUUACAGUUUAAGACAGACAUUUGACUUUAUCAACCAUUUUCUGCUUCCUUUGAUAUUUAAGUGGAGUUGAAACCCAUAAAAGUUUUCUAACUCUAUUAGCUGGACACUUCCUGCUAAUUGCUAACUAAACUGCUAGCAAAACUCUUUCUGAUUUUAUGUUAUUUUAGUACACAGAAACGAGUAUUUCUCUCUCUCAUGUUUUCAACACCCUUUACAGUAAUAAUCAACCCAUUUCUGACCAAAUAUGUCACCUUAAAUCUGAUAGUUCCAUGACCAAAGUGUGUAGGCUACAUGGUUAGCAUUCGUUGAACAGAUAUGGUUUAGGACUUUCACACACUCACCUCACUCUUAAUGGCUAUGUUGUUAACACUCACUCUCUGCGUGUGACGUGGGCACAGUAAAACCAACACACACAGACACCUUCACUGUACUUCACACAGUGAAGAAGGAAACUGACGGCAGCGUCUCCAGGAUAAGCUACGGCUAGCUUGGCUUUCUGUUCAGGGUCUGGCCAGGGCAGUCGUUCCAAACAGGGUGCAGCUUUGAAAUCCUUUGUGUUUUGAAAAUAAAAUUAAAAAACAAAAAAAGAAAAAAAUAGUGAGGGAGACGUCCUAGUGUUUGAGUCGACUCCUGCACCACAACCAACCACAAUACUCUUGCCGUUUUUCUACAGGGUGUUUUAAUCCAUCCAGACCACACUCUGAGUUCUAGUCUCUUUGUCACUGAGUACUAAAAAUUUUAUUUAUUUCAUCAGGUUAUUUUUUUCUGAAUGUGAAUCUUUUUUGUAACACAUCCCUCUAUACAAUUCAGUUGUAAUAUAAACGGUGCUUUUGUUCCUGUAACGCAUCCGAAGCUGACAUGAAUUUGACACAAAGCAGCUGAAUGUAGAAACGAAUGACUUCACAACUGCGCACACUAUUGCUGCUCUGCUGCUCAUCAGUGUGUGUGUGCGUGUGUGUGAGUGUUUGUGUGUGUGAGAGAGUGUGUGAGUAGGCGUGUGAAGGGAGUUUUAAUUAACCAGCAUUCAACUCAAACUCUGUAAAGGUUUUAAUCUGAACCGGAACAGAGAUCUGACAUCAAGUGGACAUCUGAUGUCAUUACAUUUCUCCACAGAUUUUCUUUUGGAUAUAGGGUCACGAUUGAUGUGAAUGUCUAUCAGUGCAGUUGUGUGUUUGCAUUUAGACCAUGUAUGUAUAUUUAUGUUCACUUCACAAUAACUUUAGAGUUAGACACGUGUCACCUAGUAGCACUUCUGUUCCUAAUGAUUGUCACAAAAUGAGUGAAAUUGUACGAAAUCAGAUCAAAUCCAAGUCAUGUCGGGCCUUUCACUUGUAAUAUGACAAUGAUUGACAGUUAAUAUCACCAGUGUAGACGUCACCGAACAUCUUGUACUCAGUGGUGCCAACAUGGAAAUCUUUGCAUUAGGUAUUUGUGAUUUCGCCCCAUCUCAUCACAAUUCACGUCUUUUACUUUAAAGUCUUACUGUAAAUAACAACAAUACAAUAACGCAAUAAACACUUUAUUGCACUCAAGACAGAGAGGAAAAGCUAGUGCAAAGGUUGGGCGAUGCUAACACACUCAAACGAGGGCAGAAAUGUGGGAUUUUACGGUGGGGAAACCCUGUAAAGCUCAUCUGAAUCAGGUGAUGUUGUUCUUCAAUUCUUAAACAAUUCCUUCUCUUUUCUUUCUUUUACUCCGUGCUGUUUUGACGAAUCAUUCUUUUUGGACAUUGUCAGGUUAAGAAAAAAAAGAAAUAAAGAGAAAAUUAAAUUGUAUCCGUUUCAUGCUGAUCUCAAAGCUUCAGGCUAACGUUUCAAAUAAAGUCAAAACAAAUGCAAAAGAAAAAAGAAAAAAAAUACUGAAAGCUGUACCUGUAAACAACAUUUUAAAGGAACUGUGUAUGUAAAAAUAGUAUAUGUAUGUGAUUGAAAAUAAACGAAACCUUUGAUCUUGGAGUAUCUUGUUCUUUUGGUGACACUACAUGUGGUAAAAUGAUAAGACUAUUUUUCAAAGUAUGAAUUCACUAAAUUACUAUUAAAAGUGUUAUGUAAAUUGUUGACCUCAGUUAAACUAAAACUAGUUCAUUACUUAUUUAUAGUUUUACUAUAUUACAUCAUUAAACUCAUUCCUAUUUUUUAUAUGCAGUUGCAGAUCAGAAUUGUCUGUUGGCAUUUUUAGGAUGCAAAUACUGAUGCUGCAUAAAAGAAAUAAUGGUAAAUAAAGUGGGACCCACAGGAAAACCUUCAUUUAAAUUGAACCAUUUUCCAGUUAUUUUGUGGAUUAAGCUAUCGUGUCCUGGAAAUGUCCCUCCACCCCCUGAGUCUAAGUUCAAAGAAUGAAGUGACACUUUGAUCUGGUCUAAAGCCCCGUCCUUCUCCUGUGAAAUGAGGAGCUUAGACUGAGGCCUCCUUUCUGUUCAGGCAAUUUCUCUCACUUUGUGAACAUUCUAGAUGUUCUGCAAUGACCAGGAACAGACAUUUGUACCAGGAAUGGCUGAUACUUCAAUCAAAUACUCAAAUACUAAAUAAAAACGGGGCACAUCCAGUACCUAGAUAGACCAUGAAGGCCUUUUACUACAACUGGUCGGCCGUAUCUGACAACAUUGUGUCAUUUGUUUAAUUGAUAAAUGAAAAUAGUACUACAUCUUUGAAGUGAAACUCUUUACCGGAAAGCAGGAGACAAGUUUUUGGUUGAAUCUUUGGUGAUUUAAAAUGUGCCAAUGGCAUAAAAGCUCUGCUCACUUUCUGUUAAUUUGGCUGUGUUUAAUAUGCACUUUUUAUUUUUAUUUUAUUUGUAGUUUUUUUGAUAUGUUAGUUUGAGAACAUUUUCAUACAACACCCUGUGUGCCUUCUGUUGAUGGGUGAAUAAAACACAUUUCUUAAAGUUCAACUUAAGAAUAUUGGUAUUGGUACUAAGUUUAGGCAAGUAUACAAAUUUUAAUACUCCUAGUUGUAAAAAAACGUAUUAGGAAAACCAUAUUUUGCUCACAUGGCUAAUAUUAUGCUAAAUAAUAAACAAAUGCUUACAUUCUGCAGUGAAGCUACACAGUAGCUGCAGUUCCCAGGUUACUGUUCAUUUUUCAGAAGCUCUGCUACAACAAACAUCACUUUAUCCUGAAUUCACGCCAAUGACCCAACGUGCGAGUCGCCAUCGUGCAAAUUUAUUAUUUUUUUUUACAAGAUACACUGUUCUUCAGUCUGCUGCAAUCCGUGCCACAUCUACAUCCACAUGAGUAAAAUCACAACACAGACCAACAAUUAGUGUCGACAGUUAUAAAAUAUUUACAGUACAGGCUCGUUGUUUUGGUCAUAGGGUAAAUACGACAGCACAGAAGCACAGGCACACGCACGCACAGUUACAGUGAGCUCCGUUUUUAAAUC